AUGCGAGNCAUAGUUAGUCAAGCUAAGAAUAGUGGUNAACGGCCAAUUUGGAUCACACCUACGCUUUGGGCUUCAAUGUGGCAGCAUUGGGACACUCCUGAAUCUCAGGCGAGGAGUACUACUGCUUCACAGUGCCGCAACUCUGAUCGUGGUGGUCUAGGAAUCGCAAAGCAUGUUUCUGGUCAGAAAUCAUACUUGAGAGUUCGACGUNAAAUGUGUACUCACACUGAUUCCAAGGGGAACCCAUUCGGACUUGGGGCACUAACUGAGAUGGUCUGCAAAGGGAAAAGGAAAGAGAGCUAUGCAAGCUCUCCUGCAGACUCUCUUUCGGAAAUCCAUGAACAACUUGAAGCAUCUCGGCUUAAAAUUCUUGCACAGGAAGAGAGCAUUGCUCGACGUGAUGAGGAGAUUCGCCGCGAUCAAACUCGACGUGAUGAGGAGAUUCGCCGCGAUCAAGCUCGACGUGAUGAGGAGCAUCGACGUGAUCAAGCUCGUAUCUCUGAGAUGGAGAGGCUCAUUACAUUCUUGAAGAGCUCCGAUCCCCGCAUCGCAGCAUUCAUGGGUCAACAACCAGACAACACUACAACCACCGAACCAGUCACUUCACCAACCACUGCACAACCUGCUGGACCAGUCACCACACCCGAGCAGCAUGUAGGAUGA